AUGUUCGCCAAUCGCGAUGGGUACGAUCGGUGCGUGCACAUCAUGUUCGUUGCCAAAGACCGGCGUCACUCCACGCUGACACUUUUCGUCGCCUUUCUCUCGUCUUGAUAGCGGCGUCAACACCUUCUCGCCGGAAGGUCGUCUGUUCCAAGUAGAGUAUGCUCUGGAAGCCAUCAAGCUAGGAAGUACCACGUUGGGCAUCGCUGUACCAGAAGGCGUGGUGCUGGGAGUGGAAAAGAGGGUCCAGAGCAGUCUGUUGGAAAAAAGCAGCAUCGAGAAGAUCAUGGAGAUUGACGCUCAUGUGGGAUGCGCCAUGAGCGGUCUGACUGCGGAUGCUAGGACCAUGAUCGAGCAUGCUAGAGUCACGAGUCAGGUAAGUGAAUGCGCGAGUGACGAGGCGGCGUCAGCUUUAGUGGACCUGGAGGAGCCGGCGGAGCAGUGGAUGAUUUGCAUCAUGUUCGCUCCUUGCGGGGUCGUCGUGGCCGAGCGACUCGCUCUCUUCCGCUGGUCUACUUGACUGCCCCGCUGCUGUGCUCCGCGCUCUCAGGCGCUGACAAACCUUCUCCGCGCCUCGAUUCGAUACAGAACCACGCUUUUACAUUCGACGAGGAGAUCAAAGUUUCCAGCGUCACCCAAGCAGUGUGCGAUCUGGCGUUGCGUUUCGGAGAGAGCACCGAGGAUGACGAGGCGAUGAUGGUGAGCCAAGUGAUGACAGGAGGAGUUGCUAUCUCGCCCACGUCGGCUGACCCACCUUGCCGCACCAACAGUCUCGGCCUUUUGGUGUGGCGCUACUCUUGGCGGGAAUUGAUGUCAAGGGACCACAAUUGUUCCACGCCGAUCCCUCAGGAACGAUGGUGAGGUAUGACGCCAAAGCGAUCGGAUCAGGCUCGGAAGGUGCUCAGGCAGAAUUGCAGGACAAGUACACAAAGGUGAGCGCUGUUCCUCGAAGAGCACUUCUGGUAUCGACUAUGGAUGCUCACGCGAUAUGAGGUCUCGGCGACGCUGUAGGACAUGUCAUUGAGAGAUGCGUCGCUCUUGACCCUUAGAGUGCUCAAACAGGUCAUGGAAGAGAAGCUAGACGAACACAAUGUUCAACUCGCCCUUGUCACGCCUCGCACUGCAAAGGAUGGCAGGCAGUCGGGACAGUUCAGAAUCUUGCCAGAGAGCGAGCUGAAGGAUCUCGUAGCGGCCAUGUAA